UCCCCUCUAGUUCCGGCGGGGCGCGGCGCUGCUGCCCAGGGGACUGGCCCAUCCCCGGCAAUCCACUGGGUCCUUAUUGCCUGUUGAGCCCCUAGUGCGAGUCAGUCCCGCCGGACACCCUUGAAUGGCCUCGUUUCUCCCCCGGCUCUGGCCUCAUGAGGCGAGAGAAUAGCGCCAUUUUGCCGUACGGAAGCUACACAGCAACGCAGACUGGAGCCUCUCCUCGAGAUCUUCCUAGGUAGUGACUUCUAUUUCGGAGGAAACUCCAAAAUGGUAUCAAGGAGGAUUUAAAGGGACAGACUGAUUUUUUUUCUUAAUGCCAUGUCCCGGCCCUUCCUCAUCACCUUCACCCCAGCCACUGACCCCAGCGACCUCUGGAGGGAUGGGCAGCAGCAGCAGCAGCAGCAGCAGCAGCCCGAGGAGCCAGAGUCCACCCUCGAUGGGGCUGCAGUCCGAGCUUUCUAUGAGGCCCUGAUUGGGGAUGAGAGCAGUGCUCCUGACUCCCAGAGAUCUCAGACUGAACCUGCCAGAGAAAGAAAGAGAAAGAAAAGAAGAAUAAUGAGGGCAGCUGCAGCAGAAGCAGUGGCAGCAGGACCAUCAGGAAGACAUGGACAAGGAAGAUCCCUUGAGGCUGAAGACAAGAUGACUCAGCAGAUACUGCGGGCAGCCCAGGAGGGGGACCUAGCAGAACUUAGGAGACUGCUGGAGCCCCAUGAGGCAGGAGGAGCUGGGGGGAAUAUCAAUGCUCGGGAUGCCUUCUGGUGGACUCCACUGAUGUGCGCUGCUCGAGCUGGCCAGCGGGCAGCUGUGAGCUAUCUCCUGGGCCGUGGGGCUGCCUGGGUGGGGGUCUGUGAACUAGGGGGCAGGGAUGCGGCUCAGCUCGCUGAAGAAGCUGGUUUCCCUGAGGUGGCUCGCAUGGUCAGGGAGAGCCAUGGAGAGACAAGGACCACAGAGAACCGGUCUCCCACUCCUACCCUCCAGUACUGCGAGACCUGUGACACCCACUUCCAAGACUCCAACCAUCACACAUCCACUGCUCACCUGCUGUCACUGUCCCAGGGUCCUCGGCCUCCCAACCUUCCACUUGGGGUGCCCGUCUCCAGCCCAGGCUUCAAACUGCUGCUGAGGGGGGGCUGGGAGCCAGGAAUGGGGCUUGGACCCCGGGGCGAGGGCCGUGCCAACCCCAUCCCCACUGUCCUCAAGAGGGACCAGGAAGGACUAGGCUACAGAUCAGCACCCCAGCCCCGAGUAACACAUUUCCCAGCUUGGGAUACCCGAGCUGUGGCUGGGAGGGAGAGAGCUCCUCGGGUGGCCACACUGAGCCGGAGGGAGGAGAGUAGGAGGGAGGAGAAAGAUAGGGCUUGGGAGCGGGAUCUAAGGACUUACAUGAACCUUGAGUUCUGAAUUUGGUAAAGUCUGACCCCGGUCUGCUGAAGUCUGAACUUGGGCCUCUGACCUGGGCCCUUUGACUUCUACUUCCUGGGAUCUGCCCUGGUGCAGACCCUUGGGUUUUGGUCAGUGGGCUCUGCCUUUGCAAGAGGCAGGCUGAGAGUGAGAAAUAAAUCAACCUUUUGUGGUUUAUUCACUUUUUGGAAGCUGUUUUGAGGAAGCCGAACAAGCCUCGGAGCCACAUGCAAGUCCCACCUGAGCAAGAAGGGGCGGCCUUUCCAGGUGGUGUGUUAAGGUCACCUCCCUCCCUGCCAGACUGGAUUUACUUUCAGGUCCUAGCCCCUCCUGGGAGUGCCCCACCUGUUCUUUCAACCUGCCCUGGACCAGGAAUUGCUGAGCUCCAUGCAAGUCUCACCUCCCCCAAGAAGAGUUCCCUGGCUACUCCAGCCAGUUGACAAAUUUUACAAACAUAAGUCCAUAUACUAUGUGUGAAGAAUAUAGGUAAAGACAUUCCCAACCCUCAAGGAGUUCACAACUGGAAGGGGAAACAGCCAUGUGAUCAAAUAUUAUACAGGAUAAUAGGGGAUGUCAGAGAAGGCACCUAGAGAAGAGAAUGGGUAGGGUUUUGCUGGAAGAGGUCAGUGUGAUAGGAAGGCCCACGAUUAUCAAGCUUGUACACUUAGUUGAACUGGGACCAGAACUCUGGCCUUCAAAUAUAAACUUUAAGU